AUGGUCGAGUACGUGGACGUCUUAAUCUGUGGUUCGGGCUCCGCGGGCCUCUGCGCCGGACUGUAUCUGUCGUUGUAUGGCAUCGAAUCAGUCAGGAUCCUCGAGCGACGCGCAGGACCGAUGACCAUGGGGCAGGCAGACGGUGUGCAAUGCCGCACGGUCGAGAUAUUUGAGAGCUUCGGCCUCGCUGAGGACCUGUUGCGCGAGGCGUACCAUGUGCUCGAAGUUGCGUUCUGGUCGCCCGACGGCAAGGGCGGGAUCCAUCGAACAAAUCGCACGGCUGACACGGCACCCGGGCUGAGCCACCAGCCUCAUGUCAUCUUGAAUCAGGCAAGAAUAAACGGCUUUUUGCUUGAGGCCAUGCGAAGGUGCAAUGGGCGCGAAGUGGACUAUGGCUACACGGUGACGAGUGUCGAUGUGGAUUCGGCGCUGGCGAGUGAUCCGGAUGCUUAUUGUUCGACUGUCAUUGCGGAGAGGGAUGGAAAGGCCGAGGUAUUCAAAGCGAAAUACGUGCUGGGAUGUGACGGCGCCCACAGCAUGGUGCGGAAGUCACUCGGCUAUCAAAUGGUCGGAGACACCAGUGACGCUGUCUGGGGUGUGAUGGACAUCUAUCCUCGCACAAACUUUCCCGACAUCCGGCGCAAAGUCACCAUUCAUUCGGAUGCUGGCAGUCUCCUAGUCAUUCCUCGCGAAGGCGGCUCGCUGACACGCUUCUACAUCGAAUUCCCGACGGGCACGAACGUGAAAGACGUCGGGCUGGAAGAUCUGCACGCGAAGGCCCGGCAGAUCUUCAACCCCUAUUCGAUGGAGUACGCCCACACAUAUUGGUGGUCGUGCUACUGCAUCGGCCAACGGCUCGCAGACUACUUCACCAAAGACAAUCGUGUGUUUCUGACAGGUGAUGCAUUCCAUACGCAUUCACCCAAAGCCGGCCAGGGAAUGAAUGUGAGUCUACAGGACGGGUACAACAUUGGAUGGAAGCUCGGUAUGAUCUUGACAGGACAUGCGACGCCCGAGUUGCUGAAAACGUACAACAUUGAGCGUGGCAAGACGGCUGCUGAUCUCAUUGACUUUGAUCGGUUCUUCACCAAGCUGUUUUCCAUGAAGUCGAACAAGGAGACCAAAAUGACUCCCGAGCAGUUCAGUCGGGCUUUCAUCAAAUCUGGCCGAUACACCGCCGGGUUGACGGCCAAGUAUGAGGAUUCAAGCAUCACUUCGUCAGCAGGUAGUCGGCCAGAGCUGGCACAGAAGAUCGUGGUCGGCAUGAGAUUCCCCAACGCCCAAGUCGUGCGGUACUGCGAUGCCAAAGCCAUGCCAUUCGUUCAAGCGUUGAAAUCGGAUGGACGGUGGCGUGUGGUUUUCUUUGCCGGCAAGAUUGGUGAACCGAGGACACUCGCAAGACUGCAGAAGAUUGCGGAAUAUCUGAAUUCCCCGACGAGUCCAGUACGCAAAUAUACUUCGCCGUCUGCAGACAUUGACAGCUUCAUCGAACCGAUCAUCGUCCUCAGUGGCACGCGGAUAAAGUUGGAACAGGAGGAGAUUCCUCCAUUUUUCUGGCCGAUCACGGGGAAAUGGAAGAUGAGAGAUUUGCACAAAACAUUCGUCGACGAUGAGAGCUAUAAUUCAGGCCAUGGACAUGCUUAUGAGAAAUAUGGGAUUGAUCCGGAGCAAGGGGCGACCGUGAUCGUGCGGCCCGAUCAAUAUGUCUCCAAGGUCAUGGCCAUUGACGAUACCGAGGGAAUCGGCAAGCUAUUUGACGGGUUCUGCAUAUCCAAACAGCAACAAAAUGGCGCAUCGUCGCCAUCUGCCAGACUAUAA